AUGCACCGCUUGCUCGCUAGCACGGUUGCCAGCCUGGCAGGCCUGGCAGCGGCUUUUUCACGACAGGAAAUGCUCCUCGCCAUCAACGACGACAUGCAGUACAACGUGGCGCAGUGGGAACGCUUUGUGAUCGAAAACGAAGACGACGAGCUGGUGCAGAUGUUCGUUGCGUACGAGGACAAAAACGUGCUGAAGGCCAACCAGCUCAGCUCCGCGUACGCCGCAUACUCGUACGUGUUCACAAAAGUGCCCUUCGCGAGCCGUCUCUCCGAGGAGGCCGCCUUCAUCCACACCAACACCAACUCGAAUUCCAAAGUCCAGGACCCGAGCGCUUACGUAAGCAUCAUCACGAAGGACCACUCGACCCAGGAGCUCGUCUACACGGACAGGGUGACACCGGACGUGACGUUUUUGACGGUUGCGUCGACCGGCAGCGGUUUUGACGCCAAGUCUGUUGCGUCGGACGUCUGGAAGGCCUACAGCACGUACUAUACGGAAUAUUCAGAUUUUAGCGGAUUCUAUGCAGCCAUGAGCAACAGCUUCACUGUUGCGUCGUCGACUGCGGUGUCGACGGCCGCCGAUAGCGGCACCACAGGCGCGGCAGCCCGUCUUACGGGUAUGGGGCCCCAUUUUGGGCUGGGUCUGGUUUUUCUGGCGCUCAUAUAG